AUGAGUCAAAAAGUGCAAAAAGAGAUUGUGAAAAAAUUCAGACUGGGCGACAUUAAUGUUCUAGUUGCUACCUCUAUUGGAGAAGAGGGUUUGGACAUUGGAGAGGUCGAUCUCAUAGUAUGUUAUGACUCAACCAGUUCUCCAAUAAAAAAUAUUCAACGGAUGGGUCGAACAGGAAGAAAAAGAGACGGAAAAGUCCUACUUUUAUUUUCAGGCAAUGAAGAACUGAAAUUUGACAAAGCCAUGGGUGGGUAUGAAUACAUUCAAAAACACAUUAUGGCUGGAAAAAUGAUCUCUUUGUUGCCUCGCAAUCGAAUAAUACCUCAGUCGUUCACACCAAUAGUGGAGAGACAAUUCAUAGAGAUUCCGGAAGAGAACAAUGAGAUUAAAGAGGUGGAAGAUGAGGACGAAAUUAUCCGUAUUGCUACCACAUAUAUGACUCAAGGAACUUCGAAACGAGCCACCACUAAGGUGACAAAAAAGCCUGCGAAACAAUUCUUUAUGCCAGACAACGUGGUCACCGGAUUUCGGUCUGCUCAUCAACUCGUCGAUCCAGAAGCCAAGCCGUUAGCGACUGAAGAAAAGGAGUAUCCAAGUUCGGGAAACGACACCUUGGAGAAAAUACUACAACCCGAUGAUUCAAGUUCUGAAUCAGAAGUGGAACAGACUUCUUACCGUAAAGAAGGUUCGACCAAAGCGCCAGACUAUUUUCCAAGGCAACUGCGAAAUGCUGCUUCGCUUGGCGUUCGUAAAGUGAGUCGUCAACCGACCUUGAAGGAUUUCAUUCGUGAUCACCAAGAAGACCAUCCCAAACAGUCUCACCACACUAGCUUACCAGAAACUGAUGAUAAUGAAGAGGACAGUUUUGACGACGGCCUAGAUGAUGAACUUCUCCAGAUUGCAAAUACUACUCUGUCGUUCAAUGACAAAUUCAAUUUGGAGCAGGAAGAACUUUACCCCAAUAAUUUCUCGCCUGAAUCAGGCUUCUUGAACGAGGAGGAGCGCUUGGAGCUUUACACAUCACAUUAUACAGAAUUGUCUGCCAAUGACAUGGUUCUGUUUUACGAUCCUACUGCCCAACUGCAACAAUUUACCACUCGCUUUCUGGCUGCAAACCACAGCUACUUACAAGUAUUGGAGUGCAUAAGAAGAAUGAAAUACGAAGAAUCACGCAAAUUAAUCUCGAACUACAAAUCAAUAACUGUUCAGGAUUUCAAAUCUGAAGUAAUUGUUCCCGACUAA